UCCUCUCACUCUUUCUCUCUCAUUCCAGAAUCAGAAAAAUCCAAACCCUAGCAGUCGCCAGCUAUGUCCCAAAUCAUCAGAUCCAGUCAUCGUCGUCUUCUUCCUCUCGCAAAAUCCGCCGCGGCCCCGCUGCCGCCGCCGCCGACAGCCCCCGGAGAUCCCCCAAAAUCACGGAGAUUCCUCAAGAUCGGAGCUCUCACAACUCUCACCGCCGCCAUUGGCACCGCCGCUUAUGCAACUUACGCGUAUAGUCUGGAGGAGGUGGGCCAGAAGGCCGGCGAGUUGCAGGCGAAGUCGAAACUUGACGUUGGCGACGACGCUUCUGCUUUCCAAAAAUUUCGGGCUAUGGCUUACGCUACCGCUAUGAAAGUUCCUAUCAAGACUCUUGAGAUUUACAUGGAUAUUAGGAGGGGAAUUGAGGAGCAGGUUCAGGGAUUCACUGAACCAUCAUCAGAGAAGCUUCUUCCAGAUUUGCAUCCUCAAGAGCAACAUGUUUUUACUCUUGUUCUUGACCUCAAUGAAACAUUAGUAUACUCAGACUGGAAGCGUGACAGGGGCUGGAGAACAUUUAAAAGGCCUGGUGUUGAUGCUUUCUUGGAACAUCUUGCUAAGUUCUAUGAGAUAGUUGUGUAUUCAGACCAGCUGAGUAUGUAUGUUGAUCCUGUCCUUGAGAGACUUGAUCAAAAAGGUUGUAUUCGAUACAGGCUGGCAAGAAAUGCAACCAGAUAUCUCGACGGCAAGCAUUAUCGGGACCUAUCCAAGCUGAACAGAGAUCCUUCGAGAAUUCUAUAUGUCAGUGGACACGCAACAGAAAGUAGCCUGCAGCCGGAAAACUGUGUGCCUGUUAAGCCAUGGAAACUAGAAAAUGACGACACUGCACUUAUUGACCUUCUUCCAUUUCUUGAAUAUGUAGCUCUCAAUAGACCUGCUGAUAUUAGACCUGUACUUGAAUCUUAUAAAGGCCGUGAUAUAGCCACUGAGUUUAUCGAGCGGUCAAAGGAGCAUCAGAGGCGGAUACAAGAACAAAGGCAACACAACCGUUUCUGGCGUCGAUGAAUUUCUUUUGACAACUGGAAAAGAAUGUAAAAAGGCCGUACGAGGAAAUUUCUUGUUCGUAAUGAUCCGUAUUUAUUCCAUGGACAACAACAAUAGAAGGAUAGGCAUGGAUGUGUUCUCAUGCCAUUUUGGGUGUUCAUGAUUGAGUAAUCUAAAAAUCUUGGUUUCGAACUAUUCAUCCAAUUGUGUACAUGAGGAUCAAGUCUUCCAUCAGUAAUAAUCAUCAUUGUGGAUGGAAGAGGAAGUUUGAACUUGUUUAAUUCUGUUUUACCUCUAAUGUUUGAACGGAUGUUUACCUAAUUUUGGUUGUUUUACCUGUUUUCAUGAUUAAUACGGUCUCAGGUGCAUAAUGGGUGAUUUGUUCAUCUAAAGCAUCGAUGCCUAUUUUGUUGUUAAAUGAUCAUUAAUAUUGGGGAAAAAAUGAUUUCAGAAAUUCAAUUUCAUGUAGUCUCUUGAAGCA